UAGAGGAGGAGGAUCUGAGGGGGGGGGGGAGUUGUAGACAGUAAAGGUUUGUGUCAGAUUAAAGGCAGAGGGGAGAAGACAAGUCCCCAAAGCCUGCCCGUGCUGACAAAAGGAAAUAAAACCUGCUGAGGAAUGGCUCUGAGCCCAGGCGGGGAUAAGAAAAGCCUGCAGCUCUCUGACGCCCAGUGUGACUCCGGCCUGGAUGGGGAGCUGGAGCACCAGGAGUCCUGGGCCCUGAGCCUGGGCCUAGAGUCGGGCCCGGCUCCGGCUCGCCCUCCUCAGUGCGGGGCAUCGGGGGAAGACAGCUGCGAGUCUGCCUGCGACUCGGCCUACGCCUCGGAUUUGCUGGAGACGUUCAGCGCCCGCUGCUCGCUGGGCUCGGCCGGAGGACAGGCCCCGGGCCGUGAGGCCCCCUUCGACCCCUGGGCCUACCUCGGCGAGGAAGGGGACACGUUCCUCCAUCUCUGCAUCAUUCACGAGACUGAGGCCUUAGCCCUAGCGUUCAUUGACCAGUCGCCGCUGGAGUAUCUGAACUGGCAGAAUGACCUCUUUCAGACGCCCCUACAUUUGGCCAUGUACACACGCCAGACAAAGAUAGUACGGCAGCUGGUUCUGAAGGGAGUGGACACAGAGCUGCAGGAUCGCAACGGAAACACCGCAUUGCACCUGGCCUGCCAGUACAGCCUGGAGGAGUGUGUGCCGGUCCUUACGAAGCCCGUUACAGCCAAAGAGCAGACCCUGUUUGGAUGUGACAGCCCCAACCCAGUGGGACCUCGGAACCUCGAGAGACACAACUGGCAAGGUUUGACCUGUUUGCACCUGGCAGUUCUCUAUAGGAAUGAUGUGAUGGUGGACUACCUGCUAUCUUCAGGCGCGAGAGUCAAUACGCAGGAGUCAACGAGUGGACGUACUGCCCUGCAUCUGGCAGUGGAGCUGGGGGAGAUUGGCCUGGUGACCCGGCUGCUGCGGGCCGGGGGCGAAGUGGACGCUCCGAUGUACAACGGCUGCACUCCCCUCCACUUGGCAGUGGGGAGGCUGGAUGCCGGCAUCGCUACUGCCCUCUGUCAGGCCGGUGCCAACCCACUGCUGCCCAACCUGGAGGAGGACACACCGCUGGACCUUGCCAGCAGCAACGGCAAUGUGCUUGACCUGUGCCCAUUUGACGAUGUGAGGCUUCGGGGACAGCCGGUGGUGUGACAGAACAGGGCUUUGUAUGUGACAUGACUGAAAAAGCGAAGGCAGGAGGGUGACAAGGUCUUUGUCUGGCAGUGGGUGGGAGGCCCACAUGGUGUGGGACCUUCCUCCCCCAUAUUUUCACCCUCAAUCCCAUCCCUGCCCCUCCAAGACCAGCUGUGGGAGGGGAGGGAUGGAGGGUUUCCUUGCUCCCUGACUCCACUACCUCAGAAACAGGAGGGUACAAUGUCAUCCUUGGCCAGGCACGUAGCAGGAGGGAGUGACCCCGUGGAUUUAAAGGAAUCCAUGUGACUUUAGGGAGAACACUUCCAGAGAAGACCUGUUUUCUUGAUGGACUUUGAGCUGCGAUCUGUACAUUUCUUUUGAGUGAAGCACGUUUAAAACUUGUCAACGUUGCUCCUAACUGCGAUCUCCUCCAGCAUUGUAAAUACUCAUUUCCCUACCCCAGCAAGCACCCUCCACAUGCUUCAGUCUUUUUACCCCCUCCCCACUCACCCAGAUUCUGCCCCCACAAUACCUCACGCAUUCUCCAACUCCCCCCAGUGCAAAACCAAAUACCUCCAAAAAGGCCAGCCAGCUACACUGUCCUUUGGUUCCAGACCAGCUCGAGAGACCUGGGUCUGCAUUUCCAGUGCCAGUAAUAACAAGGUGGGCGUAGUGCUGGCAGAGGUUUGGUAACUUAGAUAAGCUGAGCCACUGCCUGCCCUCUCUAGUGGAGCUUAACAGCACAUCUGCACAAUUCGAAGGGCCAAAUGACCAUCUCCUGCGUUUGGUGUGAUUCUUGUGGGGAAAAAGAUUGGGAGAUCUCGCUAAUAUCUCUGGAGCCAAUACUUUACCUCUCAACAUUGCUCAAAAAUAAUUUAUUUGCUAUUUAUGACCAGUAUUGUUCAUGUGAGCUUGCUGUGUGUAAAUUGGCUGCUAGGCUUCUUACAUUUCAGCUGUCACUGUACUUAAACUUUAAAGCACUUUGCGAUGCCCUGAGGUGGUAUCAGUUGAUGUAUAAAUUUUUCCAGAUCUCCUUUUGCACCCAAAUUGUCGAGUGCUUCAGGAAUUAUUUUAUAUAAUAAAGAUACUGAACAAA